UUAUCAGUGAGUAGUCGGGAUGGGUGUUUCUGGGAGUUGUAGUUCAUACGGAACUCCCAAUGUUGUGAGAACGUUGCUCUGACGUUGCGGUAACGUGAUUUAACGUUCGCGACCGGGAGCGCUUUCACCACUUCCGCCUCAUUUCUACUAAGUUCUUUUGUAAAGUGUUAGUCAGAAAUAAGAGUUUAACAGAUUUAAGCUCUGAUAAAGUGGUUAAUAAAGUCACGUGUAGUUUAUGGAUGCUAAAAACAGUAGCGGGUCGAACCGGUGUAUGGAGCGGCGUGUGGAGGGGCUGGUAAAUAAACACAUGGCGGACAUGGCACUGCAGACUCUUCAACAGAGACUGUCCGCUGUAUCCGAGGGAAUGAACCAUUCAUCAGAGAACAUGUCCAGAUCUGAGGAUCUUCCCAACCACGGAGAGGAUCCACACCGACGGACAGGUGCCAACUUCCACACCAGUCCCCUCCCUGAGUUCUACAAGACAGAGCUGGUGGCGGAGAAGUUGAUGUCAGGCACUUUAUUACCACCAUCAUUGUCAGAAACAGCAGCACAAAGAAAAAUCAUAUCACUUCUACUUGAGAUAAAGGAGGAACAACAGCGGCAGUGGGUUGUGCUGAAAGAUCUGCAAGCCAGGAUUCAAGGACACAUGUCUGAGGAAGACGUUGAAACUCUCGAUAUGGACCUACCAUUGUUAACUCUGGAACAGCUAGAUGAAGCAGAAAGACAUUUGGAGGAUGCUGAAGCACAAAAGAGAAUGGUCUCCCACCUCUCACAAAUGGGCGGUGCAACAGUAGAUGAUGCAGUCAGGCGUCUAAUGCAGGCAGUUUUAUCUUUUGCUGUGGGUUCUGAGCUAAACUGGGUUGGCAGAGGACAAAAAAGGAGCUUCAGGAACACCAGGCUACAGGGAGUUUUGUUCCGUGCGUUAAAAAAGACCCCUGUAGGGAAGGAAGCCACGCUUCAUCAGUUUGCAGAUGUGGUAAAGAAAUGGCUUCGAUUUGCUCCAUUCAGACAAGGAGGCAGCGGUCGGAGACAUCACUACAAAACUCCUGUUGAGUUAAUGUGCCCUAAGUAUCAAACUAACACAGAAGGAUGACUUACUCCAAAUCCUUUUAACUCAUUUCAAUAUAAACAGUUUUAAUGGCAUAUUUCAUAUAAUUAGUUCAAAAAACACAUCAAAAAUGACAUAAAUUGAAUUUGGAUUAUAAGUAAUUAAAGGAAGUUGGUAAUUUUAUGGUAUAGCACCAUGGUGCAGUAAGUAGUAUUGGUGCCUCACAAUUCAGUUACCAAAUUUAACCCUCGUCUGAGUGGGGUUUGGCAUGUUUCCCCAUUCCCUUAUGGGACCUCUCUGGGUACUCUCUUACCCCUAAAUCAUUUCAGUAGGUAAACUGUAAAUUAAACUUGUAAAUUGCUUCUAAUUUUGAAAAAAAAAAAAAAAAGAAGAAGCAUUUUUAUGAAAAUUUAGGAAAGAUAAGACGGAACAGCACAUUGAAAAUUAUAGUAAGUCUAUUAUAAUUUUUGUAAUAAAAUUUUCAUUGUCUUUUUUAUUCCACAUGAAAAUCUGUGGGAGUCAAGUUUACACUACAGUAUACUUUAGCGCACCCUUAAAACAAGCUGGGGGAGCCGCUGUCUUUGAAACCAUAACAGUUUGUAUUUUGUAUUUAAAGAUAAGUGAUGCAUUGAUUUAGUGCUUUUUUGACUGACCUGGAUGUUAUGGAAUAUGAAUAAGAAUUGUAUUUGUAAAUCACAUUUUUGAAGCACUUCAUCCCUGUAUAGAAAUAGUGUAAUGUAUAUUUUCUCACACUUUUCCUAAUGGACACUGUUGUUUUUGCACAUCAAUACAGUUGUCUACGUUUAAUUGUCCUUGUUUUUCAGAUAUUAACAAUUGGAGGUUUAUAUACCUUGUUAGUGCAACAUAACAAUAAAUGUUUUAAUGCGUGUGU